GCACGCUACAUCUUUGAUGGGAUAGGCUAUUGCCCCUAUUCUGGAUUGGUUUUUCUCCUAGUAGCCUAAUAUAAUGCUAAGAAUAGAAGACAAUUCCUUGGAAUGAGAUGGAGAUGCACUUAUCGAAUGCAACCGGUAACAUUUGUUCGGAUUUAACACAAACUAGCCUAAUCGAAAUUUGAAAUAGGUGGCAUAUGGGUAGGCCUACUUUUGUCUUCUGAAAAGGGUAAGCUACAUUAUAAUUACGAUGAAAUGGCAACGAAAUACCAGCUUGAAAUACACUUGAGAAAAUGUGACAGUUUGACUGAAUAUAGCUUAUUCCAAAUAUCAAAACGUGUGCAUUUAAGAAAUUAUUGAAGACAUCGGUUGUCCUACCUUGACAUGAAGAGGAUUCACUUUUGAAUGAGAGAUCCACUUGUACCAGGAGCUAUGGCAUUCCAACCGUUUUUACCAAACACUGCUUCGAAUUUCACCCUCGACGCAAUGCUGGCCCGACAAUCUCCGUUUUUUCCUGCUAUUGCGUUAACUUCCCACGGGUCUCUUCACAUGCCUGUUGCGCAAAGGCAUCGCAUGCUGGAUCCGGUCACUGCUGAAACGAUCCUCCGCAAAGCCUCGCUGGAACAGCAUAAUGCAACCCAGUCUGCCAAGCUCAGUCCUCCUAAAACGCUGGAGACGGAAGCCACGGAGGAUGAUCCAAAAGUUCACUUGGAGGCAAGGCACCUUUGGACACAAUUCCACAAAUUCGGCACUGAAAUGGUCAUAACAAAAUCAGGAAGGCGCAUGUUUCCACCGUUCAAAGCAAGAUGUACUGGCUUGAACCAAAGGGCAAAAUAUAUUUUGCUCGUGGACAUUGUUGCGGCCGACGACUUCAGGUACAAGUUUCACAACUCCCGUUGGAUGGUGUCAGGAAAGGCAGAUCCUGAAAUGCCAAAGAGGAUGUACAUACACCCAGACAGUCCCGCUUCUGGCGAGCAAUGGAUGUCAAAAGUGGUCAAUUUUCACAAAUUAAAAUUGACAAAUAACAUCUCGGACAAGCAUGGGUUUGUAAGUUCCAAAAAUACUAGCGUUUUGUGUUAAUAAUGUAGUCUAUUUACAGUGCAGUUUAACUAAUCUAAUGUAUUGUUAUAUUGAAAUAUAACUGAAAGACUAGUUUUUCUUAAACUAAAGUUCGAGUUGAU